AUGGCCUGGUGGACAUGGGAAGAAAGUAGCAACGGAAUUCGCUUCUCCAUCACCGACCUUUCCCCACCCACAGCCCGGCUCCUGCCAACAAUCUACCAAGACCGGGUGGGGAUCUCCCUCUACGAUGCCCAAUUCUCGCAGACGGAGAAUGGGCAGAGGGUGCGGGGGCCUGUCUCGCAAGAGAUCAUUGAGCAAGUUGUGGACCGCCUCGUCCGGUUCAAAAUCACCUGCGAUGACUUUUGCGUACCCCCGGGCAACAUCCACGUCCUCGCUACAGAGGCCACACGCACGGCACCAAACUCUGACGAGUUCCGGGCGCGGAUCAAGGCCCGCACGGGCUGGGAGGUGCGCAUGCUCUCUAAAGAGGAGGAGGGGCGCAUCGGGGCGUUGGGAAUCGCUAGCAGCUCGCAUUCUGUUGCGGGACUUGCGAUGGAUCUUGGUGGGGGGAGUACGCAGAUUACCUGGGUGAUGGAGGAGGAUGGGGUGGUGAGCACAAGUCCCCUGGGUUCGUUUAGUUUCCCGUACGGGGCGGCAGCGUUGAAGCUGCGCUGGGAAGAGGCGAAGAGGCAAGGCGGGGACGCCGAGGCAAAGUUGAAGGAGGAGAUGACGAAGAAUUUUCAGGAUGCGUACGCGCGUAUACAGCUUCCUGAACGUCUCGUUGAGGCUGCUAAGCGCAGUGGAACAUUUGACUUGUAUCUCUGUGGUGGAGGGUUUAGGGGCUGGGGUUACAUGCUCAUGAACCAGUCUAAGGUCAAUCCGUACCCGAUCCCGAUUAUCAAUGGCUACCGAGCGCGCAGGGAGGAUUUCCACGAUACGGUAUCUGUUCUAGAGACGGUCUCGGAUUCUGAAGUCAGCGUGUUUGGAGUGUCGAAGCGGCGGGCAUCACAGAUCCCCGCGGUGGCUGUUCUAGUCAAUGUGAUCAUGGACGCUCUACCUCCCAUUACGCAUAUACAGUUCUGUCAGGGAGGAGUACGUGAGGGCUUUUUAUUUGAUCGGCUUCCACAAGAGGUUCGGGCAGAACACCCGCUUCUAUCUGCGACAUCGCCAUACGCGCCUCCAUCUGCAGAGGCAAUCAAGGACCUUCUUCUACAGGCCUUGCCAACUUCCUCAUCACCAAAAGCAUCUUUGCAAGCACCAGAAUCCUUCGAUGCUUGUUUAAUAAGUGCUCUCGCCAACAUGCUGUACGCACAUGCUCAAGUGCACCGGGCUAGCCGAUCCGCUGCUGCGCUUCAUAGCACAACCACUGGGAUUCUGGCGUCAAUCAAUAAUCUUACACAUAUUGAUCGCGCUCUGCUUGCUCUGAUCCUCUGCGAGCGAUGGGAGGGCGACCUCCCUCCAGCAGACCAGACGUUCCACUACCAGCUUAGCAGAUGUGUGUCGGCGCAAGAGGCAUGGUGGUGUCAGUACCUUGGCCGAGUUGCCGCUCUCAUUGGAGACGUGUAUCCGGCAGGCCGGGUCCCGGAGACGGGCGAUAGAAUCCAAUUAGAGACAACUUGGACGUCUACAGUGAAGAAGAAGGAAUCGUGCGAUAUGUUGUGCCUUCGGAUAAUUUUCGGCGACGAUGCUGCUGCUGCUGCUACUGGGCGGCAUAUGCUGCAGGAACGGGCGGAGGAGAUUGAGAAGGCCGGGAAGAAAAAAAACUGGAUCAACGAGUAUGGCGUGCGAGUGGGCACUCACAUCUUCUACCAAUCUCCCGGUACAGCCAGGAUAUCGCAAAGGAAUUUUUGA